UCCUGUUAACUUAAAUUAUUCACUAUAGAGUCACCAUCCUGGUUCCUCAGCUUGUAAAAACCUUAAUUAAACUUGAGAAGUACAAAGAAAAAGAAAAAAAAAGGGAAGAAGAUCAAUGUCGAAUAAGUCUAAUCUUCCUGUGCUUAACAUUCUUUUAUUAUUAAUUUUAUUAUCUUCAUCAAAUUUCCUUCCUUCAGCCCUGGCCAAAUCUCGCAAUCCAAUCACAGAUUCUGAGACUAAGAAAAAGAAGAGUGAAUGCUAUGCUGAUAUUGAGAGUGGAUUGUGGGGUGAGCAAUGUAAGUCUUCAUCAAUAGCAAAGGAGAAUUGUGCUUUGAAGUGCCUUUCUCCGGCUUGUUAUGAGCUUAUAUAUGAAAGUGAUCCGCUUGAAGAAGGAGAGAAAGAUUUUAUAAGGAGCCAAGAGUUCAAGUACUGUAUGUAUAAGUUAUCAUUAGGAGAGAGCCUUGAGGGUGUUAAGGGUACCUUCGACUAUUAAGCGAUGUAAGCUGGCGGAUUUGAGCGUGAGUUGGGCCAUUGAUUCUGUAGAACAAUUGUGUCUUUACAUAAUGACUGACAGUAAUAGCAACAAUUUUUCAUUCACUGUAUCUUCUGUCUCCACAUUUUUAUUCUCUGUGAGUGCAAGCACGUCCUUGUUUCUUCAACCUUCUUUGGACCCAAUGCAAUGAUUGCGGCUGUGUCCGGGUUGGUUUUGUCUGAAUGCUAUCUUUAUUUUGAAUCUUGAUCAAGCAUUGAGUUGUUUUAUUCAAA